CUCUACUCGACUUUAAUUAGUCACACCACACGUAGCGUCGAGAGGCAAGAAGCAGCUUCGUCUUCCACCGACAUAAAGCAAAAAAAAAAAAAAAAAUACAUCCCUUGACAAACUGGCCAAGCAUUUUCUCUCAUUGACUCUGAAGAGAAUGCUCAACAUUAUCAAGGUCACCUUGUAAAGCUGUUAUCUUUGUGACAGUUGCUUUCCCAUCAUCAAAGAGACCAAUUUUUUGCACCCAACUCGACUUAAAAACUCAAGCAGGCCUUACUUUAUCAUCUGCCUUUGAGCAGGGUAUAUUCUUCGCCCCUGGGAAUCACAAUGAUCCCGAGAUUACGUAUAUCUCAGCACCUCUUUAUGUCUUUGGGCGAUGCAAUAACAUUAUCGCGGCAUCAACACUGAGCGACCUCGAAUCAUCUAUUAUCUACAGUACCUACAGUAGCUAGCACUUCCCAGCCAGUUUGCUGCCUCCCUUGAGAGAGCAAGGAGCUGUCAACAAGCCGUCAACGCCGGGUUUAUUGCGAGUCUUGAACUCAAGACACCGCAUCAUUGUCCAGCCUCAACCAUGUCAGUCUUCACGUACGACCCUGACCCGCCGCGGGUUUCGUCUCCCUGGCUCCAGUCCGCAGAUCCGGGGAAAUCGCGCGAGUCUUCGCCGGUCCCCGCCGGCCCCACUGCAUCGGGACUCCUCUCGGAUUAUGGGGUUACUAAGCUGGAAGCUGAACCUCAGGAAGGACCGACGGAGUAUAAAUUGCAUCUACUCCUUCGGCAGAGGCGCAAGUUCCGGUACAUGAGUACUACGAACCGUGUUGCCGGUUCCCAGCUGCCUCGGCCAACUCCCGCUGAACCAAAGGCGCUCAGGCAUCGUGCUACUAGUGUUUCUACUUCUACCCAGACACGCCAGGCACGUCUACUGCAACUGACAACCCAGCUCUUCUGGAGGUUGCGUCAGUCUUCGCCUUAUCAUGCCUCAACCAGCCAGGAGGUGGUGAUCCCACAGCUUGCAGACGACUUUACUUCUUCAACUGUCUCGAUCAAGCCUGGGAAACCCCUUCCGGGCCUUGAGGAAUCCAGGGGUGCCUUGUACGAGAUUGGCGUGGCUGACGACGGUACCCUCGUCGGACUGACCAAGGAUGAGUUGGACGAAAGUUUCACCAACCUACGAAUUAUGGCUGCUAGCUUAGGAUGCGUGGUUGAGAUUCUGAGGCGUGUUGUUGUGGGUGAGUGUGAAUGGGUGGAUGAUACACCAUCUAAAGUCGCUCACCGAGAGGACCUAUGGGUCGCCGAAGCUCUCGUGACUCCAAACAAAGGUUCUACCGAGCGCAUCGAGGGCAAUGGCAACUCCAACAGUUCUACUCAUCAGGGUGCGGCCAAGUUGGAUCCCACACCAAGCGAUGGCCCAUCAGCUACCGAACAGCUGAGAGUGACGCUAACAGGGCCAACAACCUCUGGUAAGUCGACCUUGCUUGGCACAUUAUCCACCGGUACACUGGACAAUGGCCAUGGCAAAAGUAGACUCAGCUUGUUGCGGCACCGGCACGAGCUUGCAUCAGGCGUCACCAGCUCAGUGGCCCAAGAGCUUAUUGGCUACAGAGACAAUGAAGUCAUCAACUAUGAUAAUGGGAAUAUCGAGUCCUGGAUUGGGAUUCACGAUUUCACCGGAGACGGGCGCCUAGUAUUCGUGUCCGAUUCCGCCGGCCACCCACGGUACCGGCGAACAAUCCUUCGCGGGGUCGUGGGGUGGGCACCUCACUGGACUCUACUCUGCUUGGCCGCGGACGAUGAUGAGGGUGUUUCCACCAUCUCUGGUCUGAAUAUGCCGACCCAAGAUGGAACUGAUUGCCCGACGAGUGGAAUCGAUUUGGCACGAGCGCACCUUGAGCUCUGCCUUAAGCUUGAGCUACCCCUAGCCAUCGUCAUCACCAAAGUUGAUAAAGGCACCAAACCCGGUCUACAAAAGAUACUGAGCAAAGUUCUCACUAGCAUCAAGCAAGCAAACAGGUCUCCUCGACUCCUUCACCCAGGGCGGUCCAGCAACCUCGACACUGCUCAAAUAUCCGACGAGGACUUGGAUAGCGUGAAGAAAGCCAUGGGGCCAAUGUUUGCUAGUGGUGACUUGCUCGGUACCGUCCCUAUCGUGUUGACUAGCGCGGUGAACGGCACCGGCAUUGGGCUGGUUCAUGCACUAUUGAAAACUCUGCCAUUGCCUGCUGCACCUACCUCCCAGGAUUUGACUGGGCCAGCCUUGAAUCCGGAACAACCCGCGAGUCUAUUUCACAUUGAGGUCGAGUUCAGCCUACCGGCGUCCCACGCAUCUCUAGGUGGAAGCGCGAACGACCAAGCGGACCUGGGAACCGUUGUUGCAGGUUAUCUUCGGUUUGGAACCAUAUCGGUUGGAGAUCAGGUCGUCCUUGGCCCCUUCCCAUCGGAUGAGGAUGACAGCAAAGGCUGUGCUCCGCCGGAAGGCCGACAUUCGCCUGCCAGCUAUGGAAUAUCUUUGACCCAUCCUUCGGCUACGGAAUUGAGCCGCUUCGCGACGCGCACUCCCGUUUCGGCGUCCACAAUCAAGGGAGAGUGGCAUACCGCCCACGUCGUGAGUCUGCGCAACUUACGCCUUCCUGUCCUCAAGCUCGAAGGAGGGCAAGCUGGCACUGUUGGGCUUGUCAUCGACCCGCCGAAGGAACCCCGGAUGGAUGACAGCCUGUUUGAAACAGUGCCUCCAGCUCCUCCUAAGAUCAGGAAAGGGAUGGUAUUGGCCAUCCCGAGCAAGCACAUGCUCGACGGAAACAUCUCGUUGCAGGCCGCCAGUGGCCUGACUGCGGUCUUUCCUGGUCCAGAAGCAGCCUCUCUUUCUGCCGGUAACCUAGUAAACAUUUACGUUGCUAGUGUCCGGGCCACAGCAAGGGUUUUGCGGGUUUAUGGAACGUCUGGAAGCGUAGGCCCCUACGGCAGUGCAUCGCCUCACGAAGACGAGGAUGAUGUCUUUGGUUUCAAUAAUGGGCAUGAUGAGAUGGAGACGCAAGGUGACCAGCCUUCAGCCCACAAAAACGUAGAGGUUCGCCUCGAGUUGCUGAACAAUAGAGAGUGGAUCGAGCUUGGCUCACGCAUUGUGAUUCUGGAGGGAAGUCGGCCUGAAAGCUCUGGCCUGGAGGGGUUUGUAGGUACCGUGGUGGAAGUGGUGGAUUAGCAUAUGUCAAGAUCGGGCUUUUCUGUUUGCUGGCUCUGUAGCAGCUAUAAUCGUGUUGAGAACCAGCGAGGAAGAGACGAGCGGGUAGAGGCGGCACACGUGGCAUUGGGCAGUCGGACGACGUACGUAGCCAGCAGUUGAGGGAUUCCAUAGACUUUUUUUUUUCCUUUUCGUCAAAACACGUGUUUGCUUUUGCUCCAAGGUUACCCUCCACGUCUGCAAAAACACAGAUUGUGUAACAGGACUGAUUCAAGAAAUACCCCCGGAUUUAGAUUCUAUAUUCCGUUCCGCCCAAAACGCC